AUGGCACGUAUUCGAGGAGCUUCUCGUUCUAGUCGUCCGCAAAAUACAAACACGUCAGGACGUCGGGCCCAAAAGCGACAGCGUUCAGAGCCAGAAGAAGUGACUGAAUCCGAGGAUCGAGCUUUUAUCCGCCCAAGCGCCAUCAGCCCCCACCUUUUUUGUGUCAUUUGCUCGGAGGUUUUUAACAGACCGUACAGAGCACCAUGUGGCCAUAGUUUUUGCCAUGCAUGCAUCUGUGCAUGGUUAAAAAAUGGGGCUUGCUGCCCUAUCGAUAGGAAACGACUUACUGUGUCUCAGCUUCAUCACGACUUCAUACUUGAAAACAUAAUUGGGGAUUAUGUGGUAGCAUGUCCAUGGCGUUCAUCGGGCUGCAGUUACGUUGGCCCUCUAUGCCAACUAGCUAGUCACAAGAAGGAUUGCGUGAUGAACCCCGAUCAUCUCCCGCCAGCACUUCGAAAUCGUGAAAGAGAGAACAUUAGACUGCUACAAAGCUCCGGUUCCUCCACCAGUUCCCUACCUGAGAUUUUACUCCCAACACCCGUUACCAUAGAACUGUCCCCCGACAACUCCGUGUCCUCCUUAUCUGGCUCAAUUGAAGUCGAAGUGGAAGACGACGCACUGCUUCCACCGCCUCCCCCAAGCCUUUUGAUGAGACUUUAUCAGAAAGCGGACUCAGAUAGUCGGAAUCUUCUUUGUUCUUUUCUGUCAGACUCGUCAAACGGUCCCACACAUGCUCCAAGGGGCAAGCGAAGCCGUCGGCGCCUCUAA